CUGGAAAAAAAAGAGACACAGUUAUUAUUCAAAGCAUAGUAUUUUUUAUUCAUCUUAAAGCAAGUCUAGAAGUCUAUUUCUAUUUAUCUAUUUAUUUGGCAUUUCAAAUGUCAGAGAAUGGUGCCAGCCACAAUUUCCCAAAGCCCAGGUUUGUUUUGUGUUUUGUCUGACUAAAUGUCCAAAACCCUAGUUACUCCAUUUACCAUAAUAUAAAACAGAGAAAAGCAGCAGACGGUCACAUCUGAAAAGCUGGGACCAGAGAAUAUUGAUAAUUGAUUUAAAUGAUUAACAGGUUGUCAAAAUUGAUUGAUUAAUUGAUCCGUCUCUAAUACAGCAUCAACUCACUCAAGUUAUUAUCUACAUGAUUACACACAUUAUAUUUAUGCCGUAAACACUUGUUUUUAUGCAUCUCUGAGGUCAGAUUGAUCUUUUAUGGAGCACCGCUUCUAUUUUUUUUUUUUUUAUCAGAAUUUGGUAGGCUGCCAAAAACUCUACUCCUCUGUUUCUAUUUUCACCAUGCCCCAUCCAUUUAUCUCUCUUUAUUUACCUGUCACACUAUAACUGAGUUAGAUCAGUGUAAGAUACAAUACUAACAGCUGAGAGAGAGAGACAGAGAGGGAGGGAGGGAGCCAGGGAGGGGAACAGAAGGCAUGUGAGUGUCCUGGUAGCAUGGAAGAGUGCUGGACUUUGGCAUGGGCCAUCCAUCUGUCACUUUCUUACACCCUCACUGGCACUGACGGGUCAUGGCAACGGCAGCCUGUGUGACGGAUGACUAAUCUUCCCCUGGUAAUGAAUGAGACACCACCCCCUGAAUGCCAAGAAGGGUGAUACUGAUGGUGAGGGUGGCCGCCUCACUGACAACCACAGAAAUCAUAUGAUGAGUGAGCAUGCAAGCAUGUUAUCCCCAUGUCUGUGCCAGUCAAACACUACAGCCACAGUGGCUGCCAGCUUAGGGAGAAUCUCUGGUGAGAAUUUCAUGAAUCAUGGCCUGAAAUCAUUUAUAUAUACACAGUGCAUCUAUUAAUUCAGCCUCUCCCCCCUCUGUGUUGAUGCAUGUGUGUGAGUGAGGGAGACAGGAAAAGGAAGAGCAUAAAUGAAUCAGUGCAUGUUUUUUUAAAAAAAAAAAUUGGAUUGCACAGGGUGUAAUGAUGGAAACAUGUCAUGUGUAGGUGGAAAAGAAAAAAAUAAUAGGGACACUGCCAUUAUGGAUGAUGCAUGCACUGUCCUGUUAGACUGGUGAGGGACGCUCUCUCUGCAGCCGCACCAGUCAAAUCGUCUUGACUGUGCGUUGAGUAGCUGAGACCUGUCUUAUCUUCACCUCAUAAUGCGCAGGCGUGAUCCUAUCUGAGCCCAGCAAAAAGCUGUUACCAUCUGAACUAGACGUCGUGUGCGCUGCUCUUCAUGUGGCGCUCAAGCGAAUGGUAAAUUCUUUUCAGAAAUACAGAUAUCCUCCCCCCCCCCCAACACACACACACAGAGAGAUCGUGUUGCGAAGAAAGCCGGGGGCAUGAAUGUUUCUCUGGUGGCUGAUCUCACCGAACAACACAAUCCAACCUGUGGAUAGUGUGGAGCGCGUCUGUGGCCACCGGCCAGUCUGCAGCUAUAUCUGGGACGCUCUGCCUCCAGCCCGCUGUGCGCGUCUUUUUUUUUCUUUUCUUUUUUUUUCUCUGCCAUUUGGCUCCGGUCUGCCGUCGGCCGUUGGAUCCGGUUUGUUCCGUUUGACCCUAAGCUGUGAGCAGGUAUUCAGUUUAUGAAUGGCACUGACAUGGAGGAAAUACCGUUUCAGAAAGUCAAAACCAGGCGGAAGAGAAGUCACUGCCCACCGGGUGUCCCCUUGACCACCAUCGCGUGCGAGGACGAGUUCGACUGCAAGGAGCUCGAGUCCCUCUUCCAGAACUACAACCUGAAGCUGGAGCAGACGUCCACCCUUAAAGCCCUGGCCGUGCUCAUCUUCAUGUCCUCGACGCUGGCCGUGGUGGAGUUGCUGUCCGGCCCCAGCCUCACCAUCUCCAAGGGGUCCCAUCCGGUCCACUGUGUCAUCUUCGUCUCCCUGUUCAUCGUAACUAACGUCAAGUACCUGCAAGUGACUCAGCUCCAACAGAUCGUCAACCUGACGCUGCUCUUCGGCUUCACUUUCUCCUUCCUCUGCUGUCCCUUCUCCCUGGGCGCGAUGGGGAUGGAGCCGCCGACGUCCCCGGAGCAAGGCGUGUGGCAGCUCAUCCUGGUCACCUUCGUCGCCUACGCGCUCCUACCUGUGCGGACGCUCUUGGCCGUUGUGUUUGGAAUAAUGGUCUCCAUCUCGCAUUUGAUUGUGACAGCCACUUCUGUCACAGCGAAAACACAGAAACUAUGGAGAACGUUGGUUGCCAACACAGUGCUGUUCACCAGUGUCAACCUGUCAGGGCUGUUUGUGCGCAUCCUGACAGAACGAGCCCAGAGGAAGGCCUUCCUGCAGGCUCGCAACUGCAUUGAAGAGAGACUUCGCAUGGAGGACGAGAACGAGAAGCAGGAGCGCCUGCUAAUGAGUCUGUUGCCCAGGAACGUAGCUAUGGAGAUGAAAGAGGAUUUCCUGAAGCCCCCAGAAAGGAUCUUUCACAAAAUCUACAUCCAGCGUCAUGACAAUGUCAGCAUCCUGUUUGCAGAUAUAGUUGGUUUCACCAGCCUGGCCUCCCAGUGUACAGCCCAGGAACUAGUUAAACUACUAAAUGAGCUGUUUGGAAAGUUUGAUGAGCUUGCCACGGAGAACCACUGUCGCAGGAUUAAGAUCCUUGGGGACUGUUACUACUGUGUGUCCGGACUGACACAACCCAAGACUGACCAUGCCCACUGUUGUGUAGAGAUGGGUCUGGACAUGAUUGACACUAUAACGUCAGUAGCAGAGGCCACAGAGGUCAACCUAAACAUGCGCGUGGGCUUGCAUACAGGUCGGGUGCUCUGCGGAGUGCUGGGCCUCAGGAAAUGGCAGUAUGAUGUUUGGUCCAAUGAUGUAACUCUGGCCAAUGUGAUGGAGGCUGGAGGACUACCUGGGAAAGUCCACAUCACCAGAUCUACGCUGGAGUGCCUAAAUGGAGACUAUGAGGUGGAGCCUGGAAAUGGUCAUGAAAGGAACGCCUUCCUCCAAAAACAUGAAAUUGAAACCUUCUUUAUUGUGCCAUCUCACCGACGGAAGAUAUUCCCAGGAUUGAUUCUUUCGGAUAUAAAGCCCGCCAAAAAGAUGAAGUUCAAAACUGUGUGCUACUUACUAGUGCAGCUUAUGCACUGCAGGAAGAUGUUCAAGGCUGAGAUUCCCUUCUCCAAUGUCAUGAACUGCGAGGACGGUGAUAAGCGGAGGGCCAUGCGGACGGCUCCGCAGAAGCUGAGGAACCGUUCCAACACCAACCAGGCUAACGUGAUCCAGAGCAGCCCCAGAACCCGGGUCAACCGCUACAUCGGUCGGCUGAUCGAGGCCCGCCAGACCGAGUCGGACACGGCAGACCUCAACGUCCUCACACUCAUGUAUAAGUGCUCUGAGCGCGAGCAGAGGUACCACCAGGUUCCUGAUGAGUACUUCACCAGCGCUGUGGUACUCUCUCUGAUCCUAGCUGCCUUGUUUGGCCUUGUCUAUCUUCUCAUCAUACCACAGGGCACAGUGAUACUAGUCCUUCUCGUCUUCUGCAUCUGUUUCCUAGUAGCUUGUAUCAUGUACCUGCAUAUCACUAGAGUACAGUGUUUUCCAGGGUGCCUGACCAUUCAGAUACGCACUGCUCUCUGUAUUCUCAUAGUGCUCUUAAUCUACGCUGUGGCCCAGGCCUGUGUGGUGGGCUGUAUGCCGUGGUUGUGGGGUAGUGCCAACACCAACAGCUCCAUCGUCAUCAUCGACGUGGACAGUGGCACCAACCGCACCAUGGCGGAGCUGCCUUGCGAUGGCGCCCGCUAUGCCUUUCUCUCCUGCGUGGUGGGCACCCUCACCCUGGCACUUUUCCUCCGGGUCUCCUGGCUGCCAAAGAUGGCGCUAAUGCUCCUCCUGGGGGUGCUGUACGUCACCGUCUUGGAGCUCAGCGGCUUUCGCAAGACCACAGGUGGGGGGUCCUUCCACAUCCGGGGCUACGAGCCCAUCCUGUCUCUGCUGCUCUUUGUUAGUGCCCUGGCCCUCCACUCCAGGCAACUUGACCUCAAACUACGCCUGGACUUCCUAUGGGCUGUGCAGGCAGAGGAGGAGAGAGAUGGCAUGGAAAAAGUCAAGCUGGACAACAGGAGAAUCCUCUUCAACCUUCUGCCCGCGCACGUGGCUCAGCACUUCCUAAUGUCCAACCCCAGGAACAUGGUGAGCCUCGCUAAUAGACAGGCAGGCAGACAGACAGACAAACAGGAUCUGUACUAUCAGUCCUACGCACAGGUAGGCGUCCUGUUUGCCUCCAUCCCGAACUUCAACGAUUUCUACAUCGAGCUGGACGGGAACAACAUGGGAGUGGAGUGCCUCCGACUCCUGAAUGAGAUCAUUGCUGACUUUGAUGAGCUCAUGGAUAAGGAGUGCUACAAAGACAUAGAGAAGAUCAAAACCAUCGGCAGUACAUACAUGGCAGCUGUGGGUCUCGUACCCACCAUCGGUACCAAGGCCAAAAAAUCUGUUUACGACCAUCUUAGCACAAUAGCAGACUACGCCAUUGAGAUGUUUGAUGUUUUGGAUGAAAUCAACUAUCAGUCUUACAAUGAGUUUGUCCUGAGAGUGGGUAUCAAUGUCGGUCCAGUGGUUGCGGGUGUGAUUGGGGCACGCCGACCUCAGUAUGACAUCUGGGGGAACACGGUCAAUGUGGCCAGCCGGAUGGACAGCACUGGAGUACCUGGAAAGAUACAGGUGACCGAAGAGGUCUAUCGCCUACUGAAUACCAACUAUGACCUGGUGUGCCGCGGCAAAGUCAGCGUUAAGGGCAAAGGUGAGAUGCUGACCUACUUUCUGGAAGGGAAGGUUCAGGGUGUGGGCACGGUGACCACUUCUUCGGUGGUGCGUUCGGCCAGCUUGGCACGGCGGAUCCACUCCUGCGGGAAGACGAGCGUCCCGACCAAUCUGGGCAGCGUGUCCUCCGCCGCCAGCCUGACCGCUCACGCCAGCAUGGGCAGCAACAUUCAGAUGAAUGCUGCCAACAGCAGCAACAGCCAAGCAACGUGCCUGCCCUCGUCCUGCGUGCCCGCCGUGGGUGAGGAGGACGAGGAGGAGGACAUAGAGGUGACAGAGACUGAGAUAGAGGCUGUAGCAGCUGUUGCAGAUGUAGCAGUGUAGGAGAGAAGACAGGACUAUAAGCCUAGCUGGAAAAAAAGGAAAGAAAGGCCUGGUUGGGAGGCCUAGAGAAGACAGGGCUGUCCAGGUAUUUCCCAUAAAUCCUGAGCUACUGGCAAAACCCAGAAUACGCUAAUUCAGGAUGUGAAUUUCUGGAGAAAUGACAUGGUGAAACAGACAAUCAUACUCGUUUUUAGGGAUUUUUAACUGCUCCCCACUCUUGGAAGACAAACGUGAAGUGAACAAGAAAACUACCCGGAAUCUCAAAUCCUCCAUUAACAUCUCUAUACCAGAUAAUUAGAUUUGUGGUGUUCCUGGGUUCCCUCAGAUCCAGGUAUAAUGUGCAUCUUCAUUUUAUAUGUACUACAUAUUCCAUGUGCAAGGGGAUAUGUGCGUUGAUAUCCAGAAAAAGACUGAUCAUGCUAUUGCUUUUGCACUGUCUUUCUGAAUAUGCCAAGGAUACAUUGCAUUAUUUACAGUGUAAAAAUGGUGUUGUUUCUUUUUUGGUGUAUGUAAGCAUGCAUGCGUGUACUUUUGAGUGUGUGUAUGCAUGUGUGGUUUAAUUCUGAAUUGUAAUGAAACAGCACAAAAUACUUUUUUUUUAUACUCGGAGCUCACUGGGUGAAAAAUAGGCUUUUUCUGAGACAUAUUUACAGUUAAUAGUGCAUGACUUUUUAAGAGUUGACAGCCAUAGUAUCUCCUGUUGAAAGAAAACCAAAGUAUUGAGCUUUCUGUAGGUCUUUAGGUUUUAUCGCUUAUAUUGCCUCACCAUACAGGAGAAGAGAAAAGAUGUGGCAGUUGGUUGAGCAUGUUUCUCUUUCAGGCGUCAUCAGUAGACUUAAAGUGUCUUUUUUAACCCUAGAAAGAUAAAAUAAGGUUAUCUGAUGUUCUUACAUUGCCCUAACUCACAAUGGUUUAAUAUAUUGUGGCACGUUUUAAGAAUACACACAGAUGGUGGUGACUUUGAUUCUAAUUAGGCUGUAAAGGUCAAUGAAAGUAACAGUGGGAGGUGUGUAAACCUAAAGAUGUUGGAUGUGUUAAUGCCAAAACUGGACCAGUCACAAAGUAUUAAUGACAAAUGCAUCACAAAGAGGACCAAUACACAUCUAUGUAUGCGCGAACAUACAUGUAGACACCCCAAAGGAGUCAAGGAAGGCGCACAGAGCACAUUCACAACUUAAGCACAUACAAUAAGCACACAGCCUCUACAAAUGCACAGCCUAGUCCUUUACUUGCGGCCUCCACAAACGAUCCACGAUAUUUUCCUCGGCACAGUGUCCCGCCUCCACCGUCAUCUUUCAGGCGCAUGUCACUGCACCCCCAGCUUUUUUUUUUCGCUAUAUUUGAGCUACAUUUUGAGUUUUCCUCAGAACCUAUAAGCUUUAGCUCGUCUCUCAGAUACAGUCUCAGAAAAGUGAGGCACAGAUAUCUUCAGAUAUCAUCUUUAUCAACGUAUGAAACUUAUACUUGAUCUGCAAAAGUGUAAAUACAUCAUGUUUCAAGUUUUUUGCCUUACUCAAUAAGCUUACAGUGAUUGCAACCUGCCUUUUUAGAUAUAUUCACUUUGAUAUGCAGAUCAUACUUUUUGUAAAUAGCCAAAAGCUGUAAACUAUGUUGUAUCUUGUACAGUGUAAAGUUGGGUUAUUGAAUAUUUUGUAAUAAAGACAAUAUUGGUGUAUAAAAUA